AUGUCACUCAGCGUAAUAACCGUACCCGACGAAGUCACCAGCAUCUCUCCCAUCUCUCACCUCGACAGCAAAGCCCCAGGUAUUACCCAGAAAGCCAUCCAAAAAAUAUCUACCUCCAACGAUGGGUACUUCCGCUUCAACCCAGUCAUCGUCAUGCUCAUCGGCUACCUCGAACAAGUCAGCCCAGGAGGGCUAGACUCCGCAGUCCGCUCCGCCCGCGACAAGAACCCAGACUUCAUGCCCAAACUGGCCAUCAAAGACGCACACUCGUUCCUGACCUUCGCAAACGACCUCCUGAAAUGGGUGCCCCGCGAGAGCUUCGAAGGCAAAGACAUCUACGACAUCCUCUGCACAUUCUACUUCGUCCUAGACCAACCCCCUCUCCGCAAACUCCAAACUCCAAUCCGCCCAGACUCGCAAGGCCUUACCUGGCUAUCCUCCUGGAUCGUAGUCUACGCGCGACUCGUCGGCCAAUUCCUCGACACACCCGCCUCCAUCACCCCUUCUUCCCUCCAAUCCUUCGCAACCUCACCCCCCUACCGCUUCCAUGAAGCAGAAAUCCCAAAAGGCGGUUUUCGGACCUUCAACUCCUCCUUCACCCGCCGCCUCAAACCGGGCCUUCGACCAAUCGCCUCCCCCGACGACGACAGCGUGAUAGUCUACCCAGCAGACUGCACCUAUGACAACGCCCUCGCCAACCAAAGCGUCGCCAAAAUCACCCCGUACGGCUCCGUCGAGAUCAAAAGCGUCCGCUGGCCGAUCAGCAUGCUGCUCCAGGGCAGCGCUCACGCCGCAGACUUUGACGGCGGGAUCUGGAUGCACGCGUUCCUGAAUACCACAAACUACCACCGCUAA